AUGUCUGCCUCUCUCCCUGCCACUCUCAACCCUGCUCAGAAGGUGAGGAUUUUCCCCUUCGGGACAUGGGCCUGUGUAGCUCUCCUCUGCUUUGCCCUCCAGAGCGCCACGUGCCUGAACAGGAAGAAUCCUCAGGACUGUGGGGACACGACACCCUGUACAGAAGAAGAGCCGGAGCAAGCAGGGUGUCCACAGGGUAAACUCUGUCCUAGUCUACCACCUGCUCCCUGUCCCCCUGGAACUUUCCUCUCCAGAGUGAGUCCCCACAACACCCCCUUCUGCCAUCUCUGCCCUCGGGGAUUCUUCAACCCCUGGCCUGGCCAGGAUGCCUGUUAUCCCUGUGGCUCGGUGGCCACGCAGCCAGAAGAGGGCAAGGAGACGUGCAUCUGCCCUGGGCCCGGCCAAGUUUUCCAGCCUAGUGAUGGGCUAUGCCCCUGCCUCCCAGGCUACCAAGACGUUGGGGAGCCAAGGGGCUGUGUCCAGCGGGAAUACAAAAGCUGCAAGGAUGGGGCCACCUGGAACCAGGAGGGGUUGUGUUUGACCAAGGACCAAUGGAAUGACCACUGUGCCAACGAGGUAUGUGCCACACCAGAAGAUGCCCGUGGCUAUGACCCAGGCCUGGGGCUCUGUCAGUGCUGGGGACAAUACUCAAGUGGAAUGUGUGGCCCCCCGUGCGCAGAGAGACAGAGACACAUCCUACAGCUCAGCUGCUCUGAGGGCAUCCCACAGAUUUCCAUUUCUGAAGACACCGGGAGCCAGGAAUUUUACCUUCUGGACAGGCCUUCCUCACCACGCUCUGUGGGCCAUCCCUGCAACUUAGACCAAAGGCAGAAGCCUGUCCCUCUGUAUGUGGUCUGGAUGGACGAGACUGGCUUUCUGGGCUUGACCAGACCGGGUCGUGAACUGCUGCUUGCCCUCAGCCUGCCCCUCAGAGAGCCCAGGCUCCCAGGCCAGGGUGCAGGAAAGUUAAGGGAAGGACAUCUGUCCGCUCCUUGGUCACUGAGCCUCAACUCCACACACCUUGGGGAUCUGUCACCCCCAGAGCCAGGCAUCCGAAACCCCACAGUCUGCCUCCAAAUCAACGAUACACUGGCCUUCCUGGUGACCCGUGAGCACUACCCUGAGUAUGACCAGGGCCACUUCUAUAACACACUGAGGGAGUUUGACUGGGGACGCUUCCGGGCCCUGGCUGAGGAAUCCCCCCUCCAUGAUCAAAGCCCCUUCCUCUUUCUGCACCAGUUCCAGCAGCCUGGGGUCUAUGUCUUCUGUCUGAGUAGCAACCGGCAUCGGAAGAUGUACAUCCGUACCCUCCCGCCAGGGGGCCAGUGCUUUGGGGAAGGGCCCUACACCUCCACGACUCCCAGGUAUCUCAUCCAAACUGGCAUUGCCAGGAUCCCCAGGCCCCCGAAGAGUUCUGACUGGCCGGGAAUCCUAGGGGAGAUUGUCCUGCUGCUGGGUCUCUGCCUACUUCUGUUGAUUCAGUGCCACCGCCUGAGCUGGGCUCGGAAAGCUGCUCCCUACCCCACCUUCAGGAAGCAUCAGCAAGGAUACAACCUGGACGCCUACACUUCUCCAAGAACUGGGAUGACAUCAGUGAGGAGAGGCGGAUCACACCAAGACUCUGAUACCCCCAGGAUUGAGGGAGGUCAUGGUGGGAGCUGGGGGACCGAGGAGCAGGUGGACCUGGAGUGGUUUGACACCGAAACCUUCUUUGGGGUCCUGUUCAGGCAGUCUCUGUCAGUGACGACCAAACUCAGCCAGACCAAGGAAGAGCUCAAACUCCUCUGCCUCAAACUUGUGAGUGAAGCCCAUUCUCUCCGGCAGCUGUGGGGUGCUGAGCGUGGCAUCCCAGCCUCCACUGACCAGAUUCUGGGGAGCCCCCAGAAGGAACGGCAACAGGCUGCUGAGGAAGCUGCCAGGGCUGCGGAGGAGGAGGCCAGGCAAAGGGGAUACCUGGCAGGCGAGUAUGCAGCAUGCCUUAGUUAUCAACUAAAGCUCCUUCGCCAAGACCUCCAUGCCAGGCAGGACCAGUGGGCCUCUUUCUCCUCAGUACUGAUGGCAGCUCAGCGGCUACUGAAGGCACAGACAGGCUCCAGGCCCAAGAAGUCCUCUCAGGCUGGGCAGAACCCCAAAGGGGAAGUCCCCCAGCUGGAUGCUGUGCUGGACCAACUGUCCCAGGCCCUGCUGCAGGAGGGCCACCGCCUGAAGGCCUGGGGCAUCCUGGGCACCGGCACGGGGGCAGAGCUGCUGCGGCCAGCCUCAGCAGGCCCUGAAAGGGACGCUGAUGACAUCAGUGUGGAUCCCAUCACCAAGUUAAUGGUCCCUGGCCCCAACUGUGCAAUGCUUCCAGCCAGUGGCCACGCAGGGUCCAUACCCCAUGGCUACUUCGUCCACCCUGACACUGGGCGGGUGCUGCCCGAGGCUGGAAAUCUGGGAUACGAUCUGCAGGGAGCCACCCUGGUGCCCACCACUGACUUCAGUUCCGGUGGUGUCCGAACAUCGGAAGCUGCCAUCCUCCCCUAUGUGCCCUACCCAACCUGUCCUGCCACAGAGUCCCCUGCAGCCACCCGCCUGCCCAUCCUGCAGCCAAGAAGGACAUCACAGCUGGGGGCUCUCAUGACUGACCCCAUUACCGGCAUCGAGGUGCCUGUGCUCGCUGUGACUCUGCACCCCCAAACAAGGCAGUGGCUCACUCUUGGGGGUACAUACUGCAAUCCCCUCACCAAGACCUUGGCUCCGCUAGAGUUGGGGAGUCCCAUGGAGGAUCCAGUCACAGGAGGCAUCUCACCAAUCCUGGGAGUCGGGUUGGACGAAAACACAGGUCAGGUGCUGGCACUGGGAGGGCUGCGAGAUGCCUCAGGGAACCUCAUGUUACCUGGUGACAACUUUGUGGAGCCACUGAGUGGAAAGACAGUCCGCCUCCAGGGUGCUUCCCGACAGGAGGGCCGGACACUGCCCCACAUGGGAGGGUCACAGGCCCUGCUGGACGCCAAUGUGCUGGUGGCCCAGAGGCAAGUGAUUGCAGUGCUUCGGCGGUACCAGCAGAGGCCAGCAUCAAGGGUACAGCGGCUUCUGGAGGCUGCCAUCAGGGACAUGAGACAUGCACUGGCUUUGAGUCUGCACCAUGUCCUACAGCAGGCUCGGAGACUGGAGCGACAGCUGGAGGCAGCACAUGGCAUCGAGGCCAGCGGUGGCAGGAUAGGAAUGAUGUGCUAUCCUGGGACAGAACUGUGGGUCCCUGUCCUGUAUGGGAUGGAGAUCCCAGACCCUGAGGGCUCCGGGCUCAUGGUACCCAUCCUGGGCAUGGAGAGUGAUGGGAAUGCAGCUGAUGCCACUCCCCUGGCAGGUUCCAUGGAAGAUGCCAACGGCAAAGGUCUUGUCCCAAUCUCAAUUGGGGCUCAAGCCAUAGACCCCUUGACUGGGGAGCCUGGUCCUGUCAUUGGUGCUCAAACGGAUCCGUCUACCAGAGUGGUGGUGCCCAUUGUCCAGACGCUGGAGGCCCUGCCUCGGGGAGUGAGAGGCCAUGGGCUGCUGGACACCCUGGAGAGCGAGCUGAGAGCCCGGGAGCAGUACUGGCAUCACCAGGAGCAGGAAGAGGCGCGGCUAGCAGAACACCUAGGGAACCUGAGGCAGGAGCUGCUCUCCACUCCAGGCAAAGAUGCCAGGCAGCAGUUGAGGGCUGUUGAGGAGGCCUGUGCAAACCUGGAGUCCCGCUGCCUGCAGGAGACCGAGAGGAGAGCCAGAGCCCUAAGUGCGCAGAAUGGUCCAGAACGGGUCCUACUCUCCCAAGCAGACCGAGAGGAGUGGGAACAGGAGGCACAGGUGGCACUGGGCAUGCGGAAAGUCCUGCAGAGUUUAGGACAUGCAGCAGAAAAGCUCAGACAAGCAGCUGGCCGGCUGCAGGCCCAGGAGGAGGAGAUGUGGCUACAGAAGAAAAGGAAUCAGAGCCCACAGAUCUGGAACCGUCCCUGGAAGGUGGUUCAGCAUCUCUCUGACGAGUUUCAGGCAGUGGUGAGGGAGAGACAGAGCUUCCUGGACAGGGCCCUCGGUCAGCUGCAGUACCAACGGGAGCUGAGCCGCCUCCAGCUCUUGCACACUCAGAUUGUUGCCUCAGGAACCCCCGUGUGUUUGGAGAAUUACCCUGGAGACAGAUUUUAUGGAACAGUCACCACUUCUCUCAGGGACCAGGCUGCUGCCUGCCCACUAUUAAUCCCGUUCCUGAAGAGCGUCACUGCAGCACUGGUGGGAGCUCAAGGCCAUGGCCCAGGAUUGGAGCACUGGGGCCCAGGAACAGAUGCAGAUAAAGUUGACAUCAUGUGGACCUUACCACUCUUCUCCACCCUGAAGAAAGUAGACAUCUGGUCCCAGGUCUACAAGGAGAGAGCUGAACUGCAAGGACAAGUGUAUCAUAAACCAGCCCCAAAAAGCUCUUUGCAGGAUGUCCCUAAACCUCAAAUAACGCAGAAGGAAGAGCUGAUAACUGUGCAGUCCACAGAGCUUUCUGCCAGGGAGUUUGUGGUUUACCAGUAUGGCCUCUCCAUCCUGCACCUGCUCAUCCCCCAGCUCCAUGCUCCAGAAAUCACCCUGCAGAUUGCUUCUCAUCUUCCUGCUAUGGAAGCCCCUGACAAUGCCUUCCAAGGUUGCUUCUUCUAUCAGAGGGCUGAAAACACACUGUUUAUUGAGAGAGAGUGUUUGGCAUCGGUGGGAAGCUUCGUUCUGCUGUUGAUCCACUGCCUGGCCCACAUCGUUGCUGAGGACUUCCAUCAGGACUCCAGUCCCGCCUUUCAGAGGUCAUUUUACAAGGGGUUGAAGGCCUAUUUCAGGGAAGCAUUCUCUAUCACACUGCAAAUUUCAGCCAUUUCCCAGGACAGGAAGCUGGAUCAAAGCAUAAGUGCUAUUCUGCUGGAAGAGCAGCCCAUCUCUGAAAGAGGAAGAGAUCUUCUCUCUAAACUCAUUGAAAGGAAGCAUGAGUCUCACUUGGAGCCAGAGUCAUCAGAAGAGUACCUUAAGAAAAACAAAGAUCUUCUCCUCUUCACCAAUAUGGAACAUUUCCUGAAAAGCAUCCUCGCUGCAGAGCAACGAAAACCAAGAGAUCAAUUUGGAGGUGAAGAUAAGCUCUAGAAAGAAAAUGGUGAUCUCAUUUCAGCCUGCAUGAUUAAAUGGUAUUAAAUAUGUCAAUACAACAUCUGAUGAAGCUAAGAGAAUUUUUAAAAAUACCUACAACAUUCAUGUAUAAAUCACACAAGUAUUUAUUAUAAUCUUUGGUGGAUAUAUAACAUAACAAGGGUUAACAUUUGACAUAAAAGAUAAAGAACAUGCUGACAUUUUCACUGUGACUA